AAAUAUCUGAUGAAAGCUCUCCGCGAUAAAAAAAAGUGUUGUUGUGAAGUCAUGGUGGCGUGUGCUAAAAAGAUUUAGUGUGGAGAGAGGGAGCUGAAGACUGAGUCCCACCACCCUCACUUCUCUGCCAGCACACAUCUGCUGCUGAAGAGAUGGGACACUGAUCCAGAGAGGAGCAUUUAAUGCCUUGGAAAUUGGUCUGUGCAGCAUGGCUGACUGCAUCAGCGUGCUGUGAGAGGGAAAGUGGACAAAAAUCUCCAGCUGGAAGGUAUUAAGGUUUACCUUCUCUUUGGUUGAGCUGGUGUUUUCUCUUAAACUUGGGGUGAUGUCCCAGUGCUGGUGCAGGCAGGUCCUGCUCGGUGUGGAACUGGGCAUGCUGGUGGCGGUCCUGGUGGCUGGCAGUGCAGGACAAUUCCACAACAGGAAGGAGGCAGGUUCAUCCUGCUACGGAGGAUUUGAUCUGUACUUUGUUUUGGACAAGUCGGGCAGUGUGCAACAUUACUGGAAUGAGAUAUAUUACUUUGUGGACCAUCUGGCUCACAAGUUUAUCAGUCCUCAGCUUCGGAUGUCUUUCAUUGUAUUUUCAACAGAAGGAAGAACUCUCAUGGCACUAACAGAAGACAGAGAGCAGAUUCGUGCUGGACUGGAGGAGCUACGCAUGGUAGAGCCAGGUGGAGACACCUUCAUGGACAAAGGUUUUCAAAGAGCCAGCGAGCAAAUAUACUAUGGCACUGGAGAUGGUUACCGGACAGCCAGUGUCAUUAUUGCCCUGACGGACGGUGAGCUGAGGGAAAAUCAGUUUGACCUGGCACAAAGAGAGGCAAGCAGAGCACGCCAGUUGGGUGCCACUGUGUACUGUGUGGGAGUGAAAGACUUCAAUGAAACCCAGCUUUCCACGAUAGCGGAUGGUACUGACCAUGUCUUCCCUGUGAAUGAUGGAUUUGAGGCGCUACAAGGGGUCAUUGACUCGAUCCUGAAGAGAUCAUGCAUUGAGAUCCUGGCUGUAGAGCCCUCCAGCAUCUGUGAAGGAGAAUCGUUCCAGGUGGUAAUCAAAGGAAACGGUUUCCUUCACACCCGAGACGUAGAGAAAGUUCUCUGCAGCUUUCGCAUCAAUGACACAAUUACUUUGAUGAAAAGACCUUUGGUGGUGAGAGAUACCUACCUUUUGUGCCCAGCUCCUGUUUUGGAAAAAGAGGGAACGUCUGCCACUCUCCACGUCAGCAUGAAUAAUGGCCUGAGCUUUAUAUCAAGCUCCGUCACAAUUACUGCAGUCACUUGUUCUGAUGGGACCUUUGUGGCCAUAGCUCUGCUCAUCCUGCUGCUCCUUCUCACCAUGCUUCUGCUGUGGUGGUUCUGGCCUCUCUGCUGCACCGUGGUUAUUUUUGAGCCACCUCCUCCAGUUAUAGAGGACAGCUCUGAUGAUGAGGACGGUUUUCCCAAGAAGAGGUGGCCCACAGUGGACGCCUCGUACUACGGAGGACGUGGAGUCGGAGGCAUCAAGAGAAUGGAGGUCCGAUGGGGAGAUAAAGGCUCAACUGAAGAAGGGGCCAAACUGGAAAAAGCUAAAAAUGCUCGAGUUGUGAUGCCUGCGGAGGAGUAUGAUCCACCACGUCCUCACUACAACAUGCACAAAACUAUCCGCCCCCAAAAGUGGUACUCUCCAAUCAAGGGCAAACUGGAUGCUUUGUGUGUAUUCCUGAGAAAAGGCUACGACAGAGUGUCUGUGAUGCGACCUCACGCUGGAGACAAGGGCAAGUGCAUCAACUUUACCCGAAGGAAAUCCUACCCUGCUCCUCGCUAUCCGAUCUACAACAAUCCCUCCACGCCUGUCUACACUUUGCCCCACAGUUACCAGCGUCGUCCUUCAGAGGGUAGCCCCAUUUUCAAUUUGCCCCCUUCGCCAACUUCCACGCUCCCCCCUCUACCGUCCACUCCACCCCCAUCCUUCACCACCCCUCCCAUGGACACACCCCCUUUAAACAGAGCCCUGCCCCCUUCUUACAUGAGCUCAGUCUCUGCACCUCUGUCUAGCUCCUUACCUCCUCCUCCUCAGGGUCCACCCCCAUGUAGAGCGCCUCCUCCGUCACGCCCUCCUCCGCACCCCAAUCACGAGAGCCACUGAUGAUUAAAAAACAAAGGGAAGGAUCCAAGCUCAGGAUGGAAACCUGAAAGGACCCUCUCACUGUGCCUCUGUCCAAACAGAGUGACUGUAUAAUGUUGCCUUUAGAGGUUGCAGCUGGUGAGUCAACUCUUGCACGGUCGGUUUUCCUCAAGCAUGAUGUGCCAUAAAAUAUGACUUUUUUAAAGUAGCAAGCACAGCUUAGGCUAUUACAUGCUAUUUGAGCUAAGCAACUUCAUUUUCUUAUCAAAUCAGACACAUUGGUAAAGUAUUGCUAUGGAGUCGUAUACACUUGCAUUUUAGCCUUUGCUGAUGUGAAUAUGUUGGAUUUAUUAAAACAAAUCUUGCACUGCUUUGCACAGUGCAAACAAUAUUCAUGAGUUCAAACAGCCGAAAAUACAGUUGCUCAGCAACUGUGUCAUGUGUUUUAUACAUGAAAGUCUGUUUGAAAAGUUCUGUAUUGGAAAAAUCUGUAUUGUGUGAAUGCAUAAUCAUUAAAUCACAGAAAUGUACGCAGUAUCUAUACAUUAAGGACACUACCAUGGUCAUGUUUAUAUGGUACAGCAUUACAGUCAGCAGGUGACAUGUCAGUCAGUGACUAUAAUAGUUAUAGUUUGUCACUUCCUGACAAACUGCUAGGGACAUCUUAAAUAACCUUUUCAGUGUACAGACUUGAGAGGCAGCAAUCCUCUCAUUUAACGCUUAGCAAGACAGUGAAUGCAUGUCAAUUAUUCCUUUAGGAUUUAUACACCAAUGUCACAUCUCACAAGAUGGAGUCCCUCCACAGAGAGACAAGCCCAAAGAAUGCUAUAAAUCAUAGCUCUUAGUCAGAAACCAGAGACUUUGAUCUGUUAAGCUGUCUGCAAGAAGCUCUUAAAACAAAGGAGUUACAUAAUGGUUCUGACUGUGAGGAGCAAAUACUGUAGUUAAGAAGCAUUGGCAAAAGUACCCACCUAGAGACCAGAAUGGCAGAAUGCAGUUUAUUUUAAAUGUAUUAUUAUUAUUUUUUAUUGAACCUUUAUUUAUUAAGGGAAGGUUCACUGAGGGGCAGCCUCUCUUUUGCAGAAACGCCCUGAUCGCAUUCACACAGUUAGACAUUCACACCUGGAAGCUGCCCAAUACAACCCUAGUCUGAUCUGUUGGCCACUAAGCAGCUCCACUGGAGCAGUUUUAAGGUUAAUGGCCUUGCUCAAGGGCACCUCAGUGGUGGUAAAGAGGGAGGACAAGCACUGCUCUUUCACUUUCCCCCCCCAUAUUUUUACCCUGUUGGUCUGGGGUUUGAAGCUCUAUUCUCCAACCUUAAGGCCAACACUGCCCCAUGUUGGUCUUCCCUUUGUCGCUCCACUCAGAGCUUUAACAUUGGACAAUGGAUGUUUAGUUAAAACUGGCCUCAAUCUCAGCAGGUGUCCAGAUUCAGAUUGAUGCUGGUUAGAGAUGCAGUUGAGGACUUACAACCACAACUUUAAAUGCUCUAUACACCUAAGGUUCACCCCUACAGGUGUUCUCCUGCCCUAACUGUGCAUAAAGGUGCGCUUCAAUUCAGGACUUCAAUUACUGUAUAAACUUUGCUGACAUGAUCUUUUUUUAACGUAUCUCCAACCAUCUUCAAUCUAAGGUCUAAUUAGCAAGAUUUAAAAAAGUUGCAUUACCAGAUCCUCCACAUCCAAACAAUGAAACUAAAGAUGAAGCCAUUAAAUACUUCAACUUUAAGUAAAGUAUUAGUUUAAAAGGGAUUUUAUGAUUGUAAAGUUUGCUUUUAUACCUGCAAGGCUUUCAGAAACAUUUUGGGGACUUUUUAUACGAGAAAAAGCAUUAAAUUGUCAGAAGAUUUGCAACUGAAUAACAAAACAACAAAAUAAGGCUUUUCAUCUUAUGCAAGAGGAGUUUAGCUGCAGUUGAGAUGUUUGUUACCUGAUAAAGAUGAUCCCGGAUGUCUCCAUAAAAUAUAUCUUGAUCACCUGCUGGACACUUAAAACCUGAGGAAUUCUAAAGUGCGUCUUCCCUGGCUGCUCUGCUUUCCUGGCUGGAACUGAAGGAAAUGAGCAUAUAGCUAGAAAGUGGAUGGAUUAACAGAAGUAUAAAUAACAUGAAAUGAUUGACUUUAUUUAUAACUCUUAACAGUUUGGAGUAAAUCAUUUCCAUCUUGGGUAAAAUAUGUACAGUAUAGACUCUUGUAAGGAGCAGCCAGUCAGUUGAGUCUUAUUCCACUCAGAUCUACUAAAUAUCUUAAAUCUUAAUUUUCUUUCCAUGAGCUUCCUUUUUUUUUUAGUUUUCUUGUUUUUUUUCUUCAUUUGGAAAUGCUUUCACAGACGCAUGCAGACACAGUCUUGUGGGCAGUGAGCUCAUGGAGGCGUGUCUGAGAAAAACUGCCAGAAGCAGAGGCAGUUGGAUUCAAGGCAGACAAUAAAAUCAAAAUCCAACUAUGAUGCCAUGGAGCGCCUGAAGACGUAUUUACACAGCUUAACACGUGACCAAGUCAAUCUCCAAUUAGUGAAAUGACAACAUACAGUUAUGCCUUCCUGUUGAAGAGCAUGGGUAACUUCAGCAUAAAAAUGGGGCAAGUUAAGCUCUUUGGGGCUAGUAUUUAUUUAUAUAUAUAUAUUUUUUUAUUUCCAGCUUUGUGUUAGCAGUUUGUCUAUUUUACUGUCUGUCAUGUUGAACAUUUAACACAACAUUAAAUUCUUUCAUUCUAAUAGGACAACAAUGCAAAGAAUUCUCAAUACACUGUAUGAAUGAU